AUGCAUAGUAAUUAUAAUUAAGGGUUAAUAAUUGGGUUAUGUGGAAGACUAGGGUAAACAUGAUUUUAAUGUAGAUCUGGUAAAGAAGAGGUAGCAUAGAUCAUUAGUAAAAACUCAGGUAUGGAAUGUCAAGUGAUUUCAAUCACAGAGACUAUGAAUAUUAAAGAAUUCUUAAAUGAUGCUUUAAAAAAGAUGAAUGAUAAAUAAAUGAGUUUAGAUGUUAGUUGUUAUAAUACUAACUAAUUAGAAGAAUUAGAAUAAUUAUUAAAAGAUAUUAGAGAUCAACACUUUCACCCACAUUCAACUUAACAAAAAUUAGAAAGUUGUUUGAUUUAUAAUCCUAGACAUCAAAUACUUUAUCCAAUUACUGAUAAAUAUGAAUUAGAAUUAUUAUAUCAAAGAAACUAUUUUCAUUUAAUAGCAGUAGAAGCACCCAUUAUAAAAAGGUAUGAAAAUUUUAUGAAAAAAUAUUAAUUAAAUAUACCACUUGAUUUAUUUUGUAUUAUUGAUGAUGUUAUAUCUGAUAAUAUUUCAGAAUUUAUGCAUAAAGCCAAAGUCUAAUUAGGCAAUGUAGGAGAUUAAAAAGAUCUAUUAAUAAGUUUUUAUAAAAAGUAUUAAGAUAUUUUCAGACCCAUAAGACCUAAUUGGAAUUAAUACUUUAUGCAUAUAGCUAAUGUUGUUAAAUAAAGAUCAAAUUGUAUGAAAAGGGCUGUUGGUGUUGUUAUUGUAAAAGCUAAUAGAAUUGUUGCAACUGGUUAUAAUGGUACACCUUAUGGUAAAUAAAAUUGUUGGGAAAAAGGAUGUGAUAGAUGCAAUCAAAAUACAAAAUAAGGAGUUGAUUUAGAAAAAUGUUUUUGUUUUCAUGCUGAAGAAAGUGCUAUAUUAGAAAUUGGUACUAAAAAGUCUAAAAAUAUGGUUAUGUAUACUACUUUAUUUCCAUGUUUAUAAUGUACAAAGAUCAUUUUAUCAACAAAAAUUGAUAGGAUAUAUUAUGAAGAAGAUUAUGAUAAAAGUGCUGCCAAAAGUGAGCUUCAUAAAUAUGUUAAAGUCGAAUAAAUUGAUUCUAGUCAUUAUGUAUAUUGAUU